AAGAGAGUGAAGGAGAUGGGAAGCUUACUUUAAAACAAAAGCUGUGUUCAAGCCAAAGUUUUCCCUCAGUUAACCAUUAAUUGUGUGGGAUCGACAGCUAGCAGACUGCAUUUAUCAUUCAAGCCUUUGAAUUUUAAGAAAAGUUCCCAGAGAUUAAAGCAAUAAGUCUUCAUAAUAAUUAAAGUGGGCUAGGAGCGAGCCCGGGACUGGGUCAGAUCUCUGAGAACUUCCUUUUCCUGAUUUGAAGAUUUGAAGACACUUUGGAUACUUGUAAAAUAUUCAACUCAAAUAUUUGAAAUGGAAUUUUAUCAGAGAAGCAAAAGAAAUUUCUUACUUUCCAUAGAUAACUUUCACAACUACGGAAAUUCCGAGCAUUGAUUUUAUUUUGUCAAUGUCAGAUCUAUGCCUAAGGCCCAAAGAUAUUCCACUCGAUUGUAAGCUGAGCUAUGUUAAUAUUAUUGGCCAUAAAACACUCCUUUUUCACCCGCAUACACCUAAUCCGAGAUAUACAUUAAGCGGUUAAGGAACUUAAACAGUUUAAGGCUACAAAACAUUUGGCCAUAUACAUUCAAAGUGCAAAUUAUGGUCCACAUAUAAAUCACCAUUAAUUUGACAGUAGAUUUUACAUAACUGCAGCCAACAGGUGAAAGCGAAAAGCGCAGCUGCCUGUGGCCAUGGCCACAUAAAACCCAGGAGAUGCUGGCCCCGACUCCAAAUGGAGAGUCAUGAAGAAAAACUCGCCACUUGCACUCGUAAAAAUUUACUACCUGCCAUUGCAUGCAAAAUCGAAUUGUGUGCUAAUAUUUGGCCGAAAACUGCUCAAGAGAUCGCCUGGGGGCCACCUUUUCGACAUGGAUAUGGAUGUGGAUAUGGACGUGGACGUGGACAUGGAAGUGACGUAGUCACUGUCGACGAGAGGAGUUUUCCCAGUGCCUGCAUCGACUUUUGGACAACAAUAAAAUCAUUUUUGCAUGCUCAAACUACCAAAUGCCAUUUACUGCUGGUCCGAAGAGGGCGUUGGGGUACAGGAUGCGGGUCGAUCUGCUAAUGGGCUGGUGG